GCGCAGCCUUUCAGUGCGUCAUUAUGCCCCCAGUGCAAAGUGCGACCGACGGCCGUGCGAAGAAUGCGACCGAAGUCUGCGGCCCCUCGCGAUCUGUGUACACGAUAGAUUUUGAGAAGGAGGUGGACAAGCUAAUUGAAGAUCCUUCGCGGACCCAGCCGAGCGCCGCCCCGGAAUCUCCGGUUGGGGAGGGGCCGUCCGAACAGCCCAGCUUCCUGCAAGCACCCACAAAGAACAUGAGCGACAAGAAGGGAGUGUCUGCAGGUCUGGCUGCCUACAGGGCGCAGGGCCUCGCGACGCUGAAAGCCAUAGAGAUGCAUGCUGAGCAUGGGGGUGGCGAUUCCUGGCAGGAGGCUCCCAAUGCCCACGAUGCAGGCUUGCGCGCAUACAGAGCCCAUGGUUUGGCAACGCUUCAGGCCAUGGAGGCCACGCCCGACUUCGGCAGCCACGUCUGGCCCUCUCCUCCGGGCUAUGUGGAUGCAGGACAGCCUGGGCCUGGACAGUUUCUCGUGAUUGCCAGCGCGGAAGCGAGCGGCGACAGCAACAUUCCGAGUUCCUUUUCUUCGCUCAUUGGCGUUGCCAUGAUGACCUUCUUCUCCUCGGCUCCGGAGACUCAGGAGGAGCCACUGCCCGCGUUGUUGGGUCGCACUCAAACGAGCGCCCCCACAACGAAGGAAAAGGAGGAUGAUUCCAUUCAGCAGGCCACCAUGAAGCUCUGCUAUGCGGCGGCCGCCGGCGACUGCCUCAAGGUGAAGACUCUUCUGAGUCAGAACCUUGAUCCCAAUGUUGCCGACUAUGGCGGAAAGACUCCUCUCCACGUUGCCUGUAGCAUCAACACGGCAGGUGCCCAAGAGGUUGUCCGCAUUCUGCUGGAGCACGGAUCGGCAGCCAAUGCCACAGAUUGUCUCGGCCAAACCCCUUUGGACAUCUCGUCGCGGGCUGGGAACUUCGCCGUGAAGGCAGUGUUGGAGGAGCACGGAGCCAAGUUGCAGCGCGAGGUGCUCGAGUCUCGUGCGCGGGAGAGCUUUUGGCUCCUAAAGCCGGAAGAGAUCGUACUCAGGAAGCAGAUCGGCAAAACGCUGAAGAGUGCAGUGCACUUGGCAAACUGGAAGGGCACCAUUGUAGUUGUGAAGUGUGCCAAGAUGCACCAGUCAAAUAUGGUAAAGAACUUGCGCAAGUCGCAGAGCAUGGUGCUCGGGGGCGGGGUGGAGAAAGCAUCGCCGAAGCGAGCGGAAGAUGCCGAGCUGGAAGAUGACAUCACGGAGGAGAUGUUGCAUGAGAUUGAUCUUUUGGCCUCGCUUCGCCACCCGGAUCUUGUGCUCUUCUUGGGUGCUUGCUUGGAUCCGGGCCAUCCAAUCAUGUUCGUGUCGGAGUUCAUGGGUGGAGGUGACCUGGAGAACUACAUGCUCAAGAUGCGAGAGAAGACUGAGGUCGCUUUCUGGAAGCCUCCCUUGUGGCGUAUGGUCGAAUGGUCUUGCGCCAUUGGCCGUGGCCUGGCUUUUCUGCAUGGCUUUAGAGUGCCCAUCGUGCACCGAGAUCUCAAGCCUCUCAACUUGCUCCUCACGAAGAACUUGGAGCUUAAGAUGACCGAUUUUGGCAUCAGCAAGAUGAUGGCCACAGCUGAUUCCGAGCAGCACAUGAUGACGGGCGGCGUUGGAAGUUACUUGUACAUGGCCCCAGAAGUUGUCAGGUACGAAGAGUACAAUGAGAAGGUCGACAUCUACUCCUACGGCUUGAUCAUGUACUACAUCAGCGCUGGCCGUCGACCUUUCCAGCACCUCACGCUGGAUCCGGAGGUAAUCCUGCAGCAGUACUGCCAGAAGAAGGAGCCACGUCCUCUUAUUUCUGACUGCCCCAAGGUGUUGCGUGGCAUCAUCGAGCCUUGUUGGGCCGUGGACAAGUCUGACCGACCUUCAGCUGAGGAGGUGCUCCAUGACAAGAACGUGGAUGCUUGGACAACCUCUUCGCAAUUUAAACUUGACCUGGUGAGUCUGUUCAACAACUCGCGCAAUGAAACCAUGCUGGAAGUUGGGGCGCAUUUGGGACACUGUACUCGCGUCCUAUCGAGGCUAUUCGGCACUGUUUUGGCCUUGGAAAACUCUCUCCAAGUGCUGAAGAACAAUGCAGCUCGUAACGAGGACCUCCGAAACGUAGUAUACAUGAAAUUCCAUAGUGUCAUGGACGACUGGGCCUUGUUUUCCCAGACACCCAUCCAUGCAGUAUUCAUCGAUGCUGCACACGAUUAUGGCAGUGUGCGAAGCGACCUGGAGCGUGCACUAGCCCUGCCUCACGUGCGGACCAUUGUUUUGGAUGACUACGGAACCACAGCUGGGGUCCAUCGUGCCAUCGACGAAGCCGUGGCAUCCGGUUUGGUGAAGAUCCGAUCUUUUAUCGGCCGAGCUCCGCCGUGGUCCUACGACGGCAGCCGCAUCAGCGACUGGGAAGGAGUGGUGCUGGAGCCCUUGCCCCGGCAAGCAACGGCCAUGCCGAGCUUAGAGGAAUCCCUCCUGGGCUCCUCCUGGGUCAUCUACCCGGCCGGGGUCUUCACCUCGGGCUACUUCGCGCCCCCUGGCAAGAUACAAAGCAGAGGUAAAGAGAAACAUGAUGAUGAUUCAAUGGUGAUGACGAUGAUGCGGAUGAUGAUGAUGAUGAUGGUGAUGGUGAUGAUGAUGAUGACGACGAUCGAUAACACACAAAACCAGCAAUAA